CGGUGGUAAAAUGCUGAUUUAUUUAAAAAUACAAUUUUGCCAGCUCAGCACAGGAAGAUAUAUAAAUAGCCCUUUUAUGUUUGUUUUGUAAUAGUGUGCAUUCACAACGCCGAAUAUAUUGUUGUACAGUACUGGAAAUAAAAUGAGAGUGACGUUUAUUUGUAGCUGUAUAGCUCUAUUGUGUUUGAUAUAUCUGUAUGGAAACGAUGCUUAUACUACAGAGACUGUCUGUCAAAGGGAGUUGAGACUUGUUAGACAAAAUCCAAAACCAGGCGCAAGAAAACCAAACUGUGAUUCCGACGGAAACUAUGCCCCAAAGCAAUGUUCAGGUUCAGUGUGUUAUUGUGUAAAGAAAGACGGAUCUCAGAUUAGCGAGUAUACUUCUCACAUUGGAGAUUCAGCACAGCAAACUUGCAAAUGUGCACGUGACUCUGACGAAUUUCUUUCAUCUGGAAUGGUUGGAAAACUGUUCAGCUGUCAAUCUGAUGGAAGUUAUGAUCCUGUUCAAUGCUAUUUUGGGCCAAUGUGUUUCUGUGUAGACGAGGAUGGAAAGACAACUGGAACAGACACUGUUCCUUACAGUCAAAAGAACAAGAUGAACUGUUGAAUACCGAGAUGCUUUGAAAUUUAUAAUAUGCUUUAUUAUAAAAUACUUGUGAAAAGCCUUGAACAUUCCAAAUUGGUUCAAUUGACUUAAACUUCUCAUUGUUGAAGAAACGGCAACUUUCAACAAACAGCAGUAGACAGUAAAUUGAUUAUCUGAGUUUUAUCUCCUUCCUCUUAAGAUGAAUAAAAGUUCUUUACAU